AUGUCGUCGACCAACAAGAAAGGAGCCAAGAUUCGGAAGGCACUGAAGUCCGCUGCUCGACCGCUGGCGCGCAUCAAAGGGAGCGGGAGGAACGGGUUUUCGCCGCUGCCAGGCGAGCAGCCGGUCGUGAUAUGCCGAUUGCAGGUGCUGGGAUGUACGGACGUUCUGGCGAAGGACAGCAAUGGUUUCAGCGAUCCCUUCGUGGUGGUAUCCAUCCUGAACACGCGGCACCAGACUCCCGUAGCGAAGAGGACGGUCAACCCGGUGUACGCAGCCAAGGACGCGACGUUCGACUACCCUCUUUAUCUGUCACUAGCGGAUAAACUUGGCGUUGUGGAGUUCAUCGUGUGGGACAAAGAUUUGAUGUCGAAGGACUACUUGGGAGAGGUAUCGCUACCUCUGGAGGACUGGUUCGUUGACCGGGCGAAUGGGACAGAUAGGGCAUUUGCGUUCGACGAUUCGGGCAAUCAGCCGUUCUCGAUCAACCUUGAUUCGACGAGAGCCAACACCCACGCGACGGGUUCUGUCAAGGUUAAGCUCGGGUUCGUAUCACCCAACCCUGCCAUUCCGGUGGACUUCCAUGAUGUGUUCUCCGAGCUUGUGAAGCGAUCGAGGCCAUCCUUAGUUUCUGCCCCGCCGACCGAGGGAGUUGGUACCGUACGAUCGCACCAUGCGGCACUGGAUCUAGAAGACGACGGUGGGUUGAGCUCGGAGUCCUCCGACGAGGAAGAGGACGAAGAAGAAGUCUCAGACUAUACCACCGCAACAUCUUCACCACCGACUCCUCCCACCCCUUCCGAAGAGAAGGCAGCAAUAAUGAAGCUUCAGACGUCCGGACCGAAGCCUAUUCCUCCCCAUCUCGACCUCCCCGCAUCUGUUUCGGGAGACUUGGGUUCACCCACUACCCCCACGCCUGCUGGGAUGAGCAAGACACCAGUCCCGCCGCCCACUGCUACCCCGGUCCCUACGACGGCGAAGUCGAGCGGGUUCAUCCCGAAGAUGAAGUUCAGGCGGGCGUCGUCUAAUGUCACUUCGUCAUCUGUGACGGCAAGUACUCCCAGCACUAGCACCCCCAGUACGCCAUCGGCUACCACGCCAUCGUCCUCAAACCUCGACGUCGGCGCCGCGUCAACGGGGAAGAAGAAGCGUUUCAGGAAGAACAAAACCCACGGGGAGUACUACUUCGGCGCGUCGAAUGAUAUCGUUGGGAUCGUGAUGCUGGAGAUUCGUGGUGCAGACGACCUACCCAGGCUUAAGAAUAUGACACGUACGGGGUGGGACAUGGACCCAUUCGUUGUCAUCUCUUUCGGCAAGAAGGUAUUCCGUACGCGCGUCAUUCGGCACUCCCUCAACCCCGUUUGGGACGAGAAGCUCCUGUUCCAUGUUCGACGAUACGAGACGGCCUUCAAGGUUCAACUGAGCAUUCUCGACUGGGACAAGCUUUCCUCUAACGAUCACGUCGGUGACGCCAGCUUUGAUGUCAGCGACUUGAUUGAAGGCGCGCCGCAACCGGAUCCCAAUACCGGGCUCUACGCCGCGAUCGGGGCAGAAGGACAUCCGAUGAAGGAGUACAAAUUACCGCUCGCCACCGAGAAGGAUGUCGCUUGGGAAGCCAGGCAUAAGCCUGUUAUCACUGUCAAAGCGAAGUAUCAGCCAUAUGCUGCCUUGCGUCAGCAAUUCUGGCGUCAAUACAUCGGACAAUACGACACCGACGACACGAGGGCCAUCUCUCAUCUAGAGUUGACCUCGAUGCUCGAUUCGCUCGGGUCUACCCUCUCUCGUAGUACUGUGAACUCAUUCUUCACGCGCCAUGGCAAAGAUCCACGCUCCGACGAGCUAACUAUGGACGAAACUAUCCAGUGCUUGGAGACUGAACUCAACCGACCAGACAGCGAGAAGCGACGCGUAGACGAGGAGGAUAGUGCUCCAGACACGAGCAUCAGCGCUACACCGAUCCUCACCGCCUCCGAUAACAAGGGCCAGAGCGUUGCCCUCGAUAACCUCGAUUUCUCAGGCCCAUCGCAUAGCUUCAAUAACGUCGGAUAUGUCGACGAGAACAAGCUUCCUCCACCUCCGGCGUAUAGCACCGAGCCCGCAGAAAUGAAACUCACGGACGCUGCCCGGGCUGGUGGCACCGCAGCUGGGCAUCAGUAUUCGUCGUCUGAGGACGUUGAAGAGGACUCAUCUGGGUCUGGAUCUCCAACCGGUGCUACUGCUAUCACAUCUACUGCUCCUCCCACAACGAAGAAAGGCCGUUUCAGGCGGAAGAAGAAAGCCACCACUGACAAUACCGCGGCUGCUGCCAUCGCGAACGUCACCGAAGAUCCGUUCGAGCGUGUCAUCAACGUGAAGAAUUGCCCACUAUGCCAUCGUCCUCGUCUGAACUCCAAGGCGGAGAUGGACAUCGUCACGCAUCUAGCUAUUUGCGCGAGCCAGGACUGGGGGAGGGUGGAUAGGAUCGUUGUUGGUAACUUUGUGACAGCCAGUCAAGCGCAGCGGAAGUGGUACACGAAGAUUAUUGGGAAGAUUAGCAGUGGUGACUAUAGGCUUGGAGCGAAUUCUGCCAAUAUCAUUGUGCAGAAUCGGAUGACUGGGCAGCUUGAGGAGGAGAAGAUGCAAGUCUACGUACGGCUUGGGAUACGUCUGCUUUACAAGGGUGCCAAGAGUCAGAUGGAGGGUGGUAGAGCUCGUGGGCUCCUGAAGUCUCUAUCUAUCAAACAAGGAUUGAAGUAUGACGCCCCUCAAUCAGCCGCCGAUAUCCCAGGUUUCAUCGAGUUCCAUAACCUCAAAGUCGACGAAAUCUUGGACCCGUUGGACUCGUUUAAGACCUUCAACGAGUUCUUCUAUCGGAAACUCAAAAAGUCCGCUCGACCGAUCGAGCAGCCCGACAACCCUUACCGCUUGGUCAGCGCUGCGGACUGUCGCAUGAUGGCUUUCGAGACCGUUAGCGACGCUACUCGUCUAUGGAUCAAAGGGCGCGAGUUCACGGUUGCUCGCCUACUUGGCGAUGUGUAUAGGGCCGAAGCUGACAAGUAUACUGGUGGCGCCCUAGCAAUUUUCCGCCUUGCACCACAGGAUUAUCACCGUUUCCAUUCUCCGGUUGACGGGACGAUUGGACCCAUGACUUACAUCGACGGCGAAUACUACACCGUCAAUCCUCAAGCCAUUCGCACGGCGUUGGAUGUCUAUGGCGAGAAUGUCCGGAAGAUUGUUCCCAUCGACAGUCCGCAAUUCGGUCGUGUCAUGGCUGUCUGCAUUGGGGCAAUGAUGGUCGGAAGUAUCAAGACUACGGUCAACGAAGGCGACUUCGUCAAGCGGGGUGAUGAAUUCGGUUACUUCGCAUUCGGUGGCUCAACGAUUGUAAUCCUUUUCGAAAAGGGUGCCGUAAAGUGGGACGAGGAUCUGCUUAUCAACGGUAAAGCGUCUCUAGAAACCUUAGUUCGUGUCGGUAUGGGUAUUGGAACUGGCCGCCAGGCUUAA